AUGGGCUACGCAAUUUUUGGACCGAAAUGCUCCACGUAUUACAUGAUUCUGAGUUUUUGGGGUGUAAUCAUGUUGACAAUGCUGGGCAUCUUUUUCAAAAUCCGAAGCCCAGCUCUCUUUGAGGACAUCGCAACCAACCAAAAGGAAUGGGCCUUUUACAACUUCAGCGUGGAGUUUGUGCAGGAGAAAUACGACAUCAGUGCCAUCAACUGUUGGAUUGCUGCUGGAUUAUAUGUGAUCCUCUUUCUCUUCUCGUUCGUACAGCAAAGACUCAAUUCUCAACAAGUCUAUGACUCUUAA